CGUUGACCUUCUUGUUCUUCUACCACCAUCUCCUCAUAGGGCCAUCUGCGGUACGUCCCUAUAUUCAGCAACAAAUUGUCUCGUUGUUCGCUGGAUAUCUCCUUCACCUUUCAUUAUCUAGCUCUUAAGCAGCCAUGGCUCAACCAAACAGACCCUUAGAUAAUGUAUCCUACGACCCGCUUCCCUUAGAACAUCCACCUUCUCCUGUUCCAGGCGCUUCUUUCAAUUACAGCCCACAUACACACUCAUUAGAUCUUCCCGGAGAUGAUUUGGGGCUACCGGAGGGCGCUGCACAACCUCGUUUUCUUGGCCAGGCGUUAUAUCAAGAUGGUCCAAGUGCCCGAAACUCCUAUGCUUCAUCACACCAAACGUUUCCUUCACAAUCCGAAUACUCCUCUUCUGUAUACGCCUUGAACGAUACUCGCGAUCCUCAAUCUCUUUCCAACUACGAAGGUCAAUAUCGAGACGAUCCACACGAGGUCGCUGAGGAUAGCGGAAUGUCGAUGUCCCCUAUAGGCCGUAGUCGACAUUUGUCGGAGAAGCGUGCGGCAUACUCUUCGCCAAAGUCAAAACGCAAGAUCAUGAUCAUUGCGGCCAUCGCCGCUCUCAUUAUUAUCAUUCUCGCCGUCGUUAUACCCGUCUACUUCGCUAUUGUCAAACCCAAUAGCACAAACUCCGAGUCCAGCAACUCUUCCGGUGAUUCAUCUCAUAAUGGAGGGAAAAGUGGUGACGGUAGCAAAGGCAGCACAGGCAAGGUGGCUGCUGUUACUGGAGGAGAUGGUAGUCAAGUCACGCUCGAGGAUGGAACCACGUUCAAGUAUUCUAACUCUUACGGUGGAUCUUGGUAUUACGACGUCAACGAUCCUUUCAACAACGGUGCUAGAGCUCAGUCGUGGACACCCGCACUCAAUGAAACCUUCGAUCAUAAUGCCAACAGAAUUAGGGGUGUCAACCUUGGUGGUUGGUUCACAAUAGAGCCUUUCAUCGUUCCCGCUCUAUUCGAAAAGUACCAGAAAUCCGAUCCCAUGGCUAUCGAUGAAUGGACACUCCACACCGCUAUGGCAGCUGAUGCCCAGAACGGUGGGCUAAACCAAAUCGAAGACCAUUACAAAACGUUCAUCACCGAGCAAGAUUUCGCUGAAAUUGCCGCUGCUGGUCUGAACUACGUCCGUAUUCCUAUUCCCUACUGGCUUAUCGAAACUUGGCCGGGUGAACCUUUCCUUGCAAAGGUUGGUUGGAAAUAUUUUGUGAAAGCCCUUGGCUGGGCCCGCAAAUACGGGAUCCGCGUCAACCUCGAUCUCCACGCCGUUCCUGGCAGUCAGAAUGGAUGGAACCAUUCAGGUAGAUUAGGUGAAAUUAACCUGCUUCGCGGAGUUAUGGGCUAUGCAAACGCCCAACGCACGCUCGACUACAUCCGCAUUCUCGCCGAGUUCAUUUGCCAACCUCAGUAUCGCGACGUCGUUACCAUGUUCGGUAUUCUCAACGAACCACGAGGAAUAUUCAUGGGUGAACCAACAGUUUUUGGAUUUUACGCGGAAGGGUACAGAAUUGUUCGCCAAGCAUGUGGCGAUGGGAAAGGGCCAUGGGUAUCAUUCCAUGACGCUUUUUUCUCCCGAAACGACUUCAAAGGAUACCUAGCCAAUGCUGAUCGAAUUGCUCUCGACUCUCAUCCUUACAUCGCGUUCGGAGGACAAACUACCGAGGGUUGGGGAACACGUACUGGUGCUCCAUGCGCUUGGGGUAAAGACGUCAACCAGUCUAUGGCUGACUUUGGUAUGACUAUUGCAGGAGAGUUCAGUAAUGCCAUCAAUGACUGUGGUUUAUGGGUCAACGGUGUCGGACAAGGCGUUCGAUACGAUGGGACUUUUACCGCUGAACCCUCCCCUCGUGUUGGAGACUGUACGCAGUGGACGGAUUGGACAAGGUUCGACGAUGCUACCAAGACUCAAAUCAAGCAGUUUGCCAUGGCUAGUAUGGAUGGGCUUUACAAUUACUUCUUCUGGACAUGGAAAAUUGGUAAUUCCUCUGCUUCCGGAAGAGUGGAAUCCCCGGCUUGGUCGUACAAGCUCGGCUAUGAAAACGGUUGGAUGCCAAAGAACUCUCGCGAGGCUGAUGGUUUCUGCCAGAACACCGACCCGUUCACCGGGACGAUUCAAAACGGAAACGGUCAAGUCAACUUAGCACAAUAUCCAUGGCCGCCUGCAUCAAUCAUGGAAGGUGGCCCAGUGGCUAACCUACCCACGUACACAGCCAGUGGUGCUAUUCCUACACUUACUGGUGCAACUCUAACCGUUUCUGGUUUGCAACCAACCAAGUCGGUUGAUCUUGGUAAUGGAUGGGCGAAUGCCAACGAUAAUGCUGGAGCAAUGACCAAGGUUUCUGGGUGCAAUUAUCCGGACCCUUGGGUCGGUAUUGGUGGGUCGGUACCUACGCCUUGGUGUGCUGGACAGAAGAAGCGAAAGGAAGAGGCAUUUGUGCUCAGAGAGCCAUUGUCCACCCCCCCUCCCCGUUCGUGAUUCCGCUCCCACCAGUCUUCCUUUAGCUUCUCAAGCACAUCAUCCCACACCCUUCCUUCCACCGUGUCAUUCCCGGUUCGUCGUCGGCGUUACAUCAGCUACCACUUACUAGGCUACUUUCGUUUCCUUCUUGAAUUUCUUUUUGCUGGUCGGACUUGAGAACUUACUUGCCGCCAUGGACACCCACUUCUGUUAUUGGUUAGUUAAUUCUUUGCACACCACCCCCACACGGUCAUUAUAAAUGAACAGACAUCGGUUUUCUUUUCCUUUCCUUUCUUACUGCAUGAUAUUAUGUUUUUUUUUUGUUUUUAUAUUUCAAGCAGUAUUGUAUCACGUCCUAUAAAUGUGCACUCCUUGGGGACAGUCAUCGUACUUUCAAUGUUACCAAAUUAUUUUUAUUGGCCAGUUAUUUUGGUAGCUGCUCUUAUUCUUAGAACCCU